AUGAAAAUAUCCUCACUUUGGAAUCAUCAUCACACACAUUUCAAUCAACUCUAUCGGAAAGUGUUUGUUUCCGUGAAUAAUAAUAAUAAUUUAUCAAAUCACUUUCAAAACCAUUCAACUUCCUCUUCUUCAACAUCCAAUAUCACUCCCUCUCAAGAUUAUUAUUUCGCUCACAACCGAUUUGAAGCAUUGGACCAUCCAAAACCAUCUAUUCAAUCGGUUGUGUUUGAUAUGGACGGAACGCUCACCGUGCCAUGUAUUGAUUUUAAAAAGAUGCGCUUGGAAACAGGAAUUCCAUUACCACAAGAUUUAUUAACAACCAUUCAUGCAUUGAGUGAUGAGAAGGAAAAGAAGAGACUUUUUGAUAUUAUUGAUCGUAUCGAGGAAGAAGCGAACGAAAAACUUGCAUUUCAACCACAUUUGUUUGAGUUAUUGGAUGAGCUCGUAAAAUUAAAAAUGGUGAAAUCGAAUCUGCUGCCGAAUGAUGCCAAUUUAGUUGUCGAAACUGCAUCGACAACACUCGGUCAUUAUGAAAGCACAACAAAUGCUCCUAUUUCAAGACAUUUUGCUGUGGUGACACGAAAUUCAGAAAAAAGCUUAAAGUUCUUUGUUGAGAAAUUGGGAUCGAAAUAUUCGGAUUUUUUCACCAUUCUACUUUCGAGAGAAUUUUUACCUUACAAACCCAAUCCUGGAUGCUUACUUCAUAUUGCACAACAAUUGAAUUUGCAAUCGCCAGCGAACAUUUUGAUGGUUGGCGACUCUUUCCACGAUAUUUUGUGUGCAAAAAACGCAGGAGCUUAUUCUUGCCUCUACACUUCAGAAACACACUGGACUGAAACGCACACGAAUUGUGUUGAAGAAUAUCAACCUGAUUUCAUUUGCCAUGAUUUACGUCAUUUGGUUCACAUUUUAAACUACAUGUCUAGUUUGUAA